GGGCGGGUCGCCAUUUUGGAUGUGGCAGGGCCUCCGCCAUCUUGGGUAUGGAAAGCCCUCGAGUUGCCACAAAGCUCCGCCAUCUUGGAUGUGGCGUCCACUCUCCUCUUCCCCACAACAACAGAAAUUGGUGGUAAAAUCUCAGCAGAUCUGGCCGCAAUGGUGCAAUCUGGAUGACAAAAAUCUCAUUUGUUUGAUAUGUCGAACUUGAAGCCGGGCCUCCUGGCUCAAAGAUUGCCGCACAUGAGGAAACAUCCUUUCAGAGGGAAAGCUCUGAAGAUUCACCUGUCAGAGCCUUCCUGAUGCGGACGAAACCACCAGGACAAAGUCAGAAAGCCACCGAGCCGAUUUGUCAAUCCUUCCCAAAUCUCAGGCCAUCUCACCGCCACUCCCUGCUGUUCACACCUGAGCUGCUUGAUUAGUUGGAAGAUCUGUCACUCAAUAAGCAUGUAGCAACUUGAAGGGAGAGUGGGCUGUGCCUGAGCAAUAAUAUAAAUUCGGGGGCACCUGCGACGUAUUUUCAGAUGUUGACUCUGAAUGCCUGGAGCAGCUGUUCCUGAGUCAAUACCAGCUCUGAGGAUUUGACCCUGUUUUAAAGACCGGUUCAGCAUGGACCAUAAUAUCCGCCUGAAUUAUCACAAGGACUGUGAGAGUGCUGUCAAUCGCAUGAUCAACAUGGAACUCUACGCCUCGUACGUUUACCUCUCCAUGUCCUAUUACUUUGACCAAGGAUCUAUUGCCCUGAGCAACUUUGUGAAGUUCUUCAAGAAGCAGUCAGACAAGGAACGUGAGCAAGCGGAGAAUCUGAUGAAAUUCCAGAAUCAACGAGGAGGUCACAUCGCCCUGCAAGAUAUCAAGAGACCAGAACAAGAUGACUGGGACAGUGGUCUGCAGGCAAUGCAGUGUGCUCUGCAGUUGGAGAAGAACAUUAACCAAAGCCUGCUGGAGCUGUACAAACUCUCGAAGGAUAAAAGUGACCCUCAUUUGUCUAACUUUCUGGAGACCCAUUACUUGGAGAAGCAAGUCAAGACCAUCAAGAAACUUGGUGACCACGUCACUAACCUGCAUCGUUUAGGUGCCCCUCAGAAUGGCAUGGCUGAAUACCUGUUCAACAAGCACACUUUGGGGGGAGAGUAGACCAUGCAACACCAGACUCCUCACACCCUCCAACUCAUUGACAGCAUCUAUUUCUCAAAAAAUUCUCCAGAGCCUGAAGACAUUGUCUGGUUCUAGAAUUCUCUGUCGUUUGAUACCCAUUAGAAAACUCCUCACUGUUUGCCAAUUUAGUUUAGCAGCUAUCAUUGCUGGAUUGCCAAUGUGUACAACUCCUUUCAUUGAAUAACUAGGCAGCAGAGUAACAAGUUCCUGACUUUGACUAGGGUAAUAACUCACUAGAAGAAAUUUUUCCAAAGGUCACAGAUGGGUUUGGAACAGGAAGAGGUCGUAUGGCCCUCCGAGAGUCUCUACCACUCAUAGAGCUGUACAGCACGGAAGCAGACCCUUCGGUCCGACUCGUCCAUGCUGACCAGAGAUCCUAAAUUAAUCUAGUCCCAUUUGCCAGCACUUAGCCCAUUUCCCUCUGAACCCUUCCUAUUAAUAUACCCAUCCAGAUGCCUUUUAAAUGCUGUAGUUGUACCAGCCUCCACCACUUCCUCAUUCCAUACACACACCAGUCUCUACAUGAAAAAGUUGCCCCUUAGGUCCCUUUUAAAUCUUUCACCUCUCACCUUAAACCCAUGGCCUCUAGUUCUGGACUUCCCCAAAAUGAAGAUGUCUGCAUGCAGCUGCUCCCUCACAACCUGACCUGUUCACAAGGACAUGAUUGCCAGCUGGUGGCUCCUAAAUGAUUCUGCCCAUCCCUUGUCAUCCUCUCCUACUAUAUGUCAAAUUAAAUCAAAAUUGUUUUUUGUAGCAUAGAAAUUGAACACUGAUGAAGACUUCCUCAACAAACCUUUUCAUCUUUCAUUCACAGUUUGCAAAAAUACCAAUUUAAAGGGCAAACCUCAACAAGAGGAGAAUCCUAAUUACUUGACAAUUAAUUGCAAUGGAACGAGGUGUUGCUAUGGAGAAUGCACUAUUUAAUGUGAUUGGCAGCUAACUGCCAGGCUCUGUCUGAAUUUUCAACCAAAAUAGGUGACAAAUCUUUACUGAUUCAUUUCUCAGAAACCAAUCAGAUGCAAGCUGCCUGGUCCAAAAUUUAAACAGAGGCUGACAGUUAACUGUCAGUCAUCAUUAACUCGCACAUUCUCCAUGGAAACCGCUCUACCAAUAGGUGUCCUCUUGUCAACCAAUUAGUACUCUCCUCUCAUGCAGUAUAAAUAUUGGUUUUACUUGUGAAUUAGUAUUUCUUGCAAAUGAUCCUUUUGAGUGCAAGACACAAAGCAUUGAGAAAAAUGUGUCCUUUUUCAGCAAUCAAAAUGGUGACACAGCAACAGACCUUCAAGUUGUUUACCUCCCCUCCCCUCCCCCAACCAUGGAACCUGGCCAAGGCAUUUGAAAAUCUCGGUACGUCCAGACUCUACUCUCUUUUCUCCCCCACCUCCUCUAGUGAUUUCCUGGGAUCUGGAGCUGCUCCAUUUCUGAAGUACAAGGUCAAGUGGUAACUCAACAACUUAGCACCGUGGAACUCAGCUGACCUGCAGGACCCCACUCUGAGCACACCUUCUAAACUGGCAAUUGGUAAUCUUCCAACUCACCUGCUUUCAUUCUUACAUAGUUUUCUCAAUACCAGUUGUUUGAGCACUGUGUAAAAUUGGGAUGUUCAUUCUGUGAGAAAUCCCUAACCCUUCAAUAGUGAUGAAGCACUCACUGCCAUCGCAUGUAAUUCAAAAAAUUUAAUCAAUAAAACCAGACCAUGCACAA